UCAUAAACGGGUAAAAAUAAAACAGUAGAAGAAAAUUGAGAGCUUUGCAGAGGGAGGAGAGAGAAAAAGGAAGGCGAAGCAAUGGCGUCGAAAAUAGAAUCACCGCCAUAUCCAAGUGCUGCUAAAAUCUCCGAUUCUUCAUGCUUCCCUCAAUACACUGCUUCUCUUAAGUGUUUAGAGCAAAAUAACUCAGAAAAGAGCAAAUGUCAAGAAUUCUUUGAUGAUUACAAGGAAUGCAAGAAGAAGGAGAGAGAAGCACGAUUGGAACGCAACCGACACCGCUCUCUCUUCUCAUAGUUCCCCAGGACAGGCUGCUUUGAAAAGGUUCUGCUUUGAUAAAGAAAAAUUGAGAUAGAUUUGUUGCUUUGAAGUGCACUUUGGUUCUGAAAUAAUACGAGUAUUUCAUUAGCUUGGAAAAGCUUUGUCAUAUGCCGAGUUACUUGUAUAUGUAUGCACUCUUACAGCUUACUUCCUCAGACUUGGGCAUUUGCUCUUUAUUUUUAUUAGCCUUGAUAAUAUUAGGACCCCAUAGAUUUUAAGAUGCGAAUUUUGUAGUGCCGAGUAAGAAUCUUCCUUUCAUAAUACAUAUACUAAUUCAUUGCAAAUUUUGAAUAUUUCACUCAAUGUGGUGGUCAAUAGUUUGCUGAAACAUGGACAACCUGUUGCUGUGACUUUAACUGGGAAGAAAGUUGGCUAACCUCAUAGCAAUAUACAGAGUCCCUAAUCAAUUGACUCA